GAUCAAUUGUUAGCUUGUACCGUUCAAAAUGGCAAACCCUACUAGCGACGGAGGCGAAACGUCUCUUUCCACACUCCUCUCCACCCUUACAACUACCCUACACCCGGUGACAUUUGUUUUCGUCACUCAGUCCGAAUCCGCGCCGUUACCACCACUGUCUGACAUUCAGCUGAUGUUUCGGGAAUCCGAAGGCAUUACUAUCAUCACUACGCUGGAGAAUGCUGUUAAGCAAGGGAUGGAAUAUUCUUUUCCGUCGAGAAUGAUCACGCUCAACGUGCAUUCGAGCUUGGAGGCUGUUGGCUUCAUGGCUGUUAUCGCGACAAAGUUGGCUGAGAAAGGCAUGGGCGUGAAUCCUGUCAGCGGGUUCUAUCAUGACCAUCUAUUUGUUCCGAUUGGGAGAGAGGAGGAGGCGUUGGAGACUUUGGCGGCUCUAGCCGAGGAGAAAAGUCCCGAAGCACAGAAAUAGAUACAUUGAAUGGACAUUAUGAGGAUACUCUAUGAUAAAUU